AUGGCCCAGCGCAUGGCACGACGACGAGACGAGGAGACUAACGAGCUUGCGCAUGUUGCGCUCCCAUCACGACGUAGCGAGAGCUUCGACAACAUCUACCUAGACCUCUCCAAGCAGAGUGGCAAGUGCAGGUUCGCCGAGACGGGGUUCGGAUGGAAACCGACGAGCGGCGGCGAAACCUUCACCCUCGAUCAUAGCAACAUUGGCGGAGCGCACUGGUCCCGCGCAGCCAAGGGGUACGAGGUGCGCAUUCUACAGCGCAACUCGUCGGCCAUCAUACAGCUCGACGGUUUCCAGCAGGACGACUAUGACCGCCUUAGCAAGGUCUUCAAGAACUGGUACAGCACCCCGCUCGACAACAAGGAGCACGCCCUGCGCGGAUGGAACUGGGGCAAGGCCGAGUUCUCCAAGGCCGAGCUCACCUUCAACGUCCAGAACAGGCCGGCAUUCGAGAUUCCCUACACCGAGAUCGGCAACACCAACUUGGCCGGUCGCAAUGAAGUGGCCGUCGAGAUGGCCUUGCCCCUCCGCCCCGAGGACGUAAACGCAAAUGGCCACCUUGGCGGCGCUAGAACCGGCGGCAAGAAGGCUGGCGGCGGCAAGGACCAGCUCGUCGAGAUGCGAUUCUACAUCCCCGGCAUGACGACGACGAAGAAAGAGGCCGACGGUGAUGAUGCCGGCAGCGACGCAGGUGAAGAGGAGCAGGAGAAGAGUGCUGCCACCAUGUUUUACGACACGCUCAUGGAGAAGGCCGACAUUGGCGACUCGGCCGGUGAUGCCAUUGCCACAUUCCUCGACGUCCUGCAUCUCACACCCAGAGGCCGUUUUGAUAUCGACAUGUACGAGUCGUCAUUCCGCCUGCGCGGUAAGACGUACGACUACAAGAUCCAGUACGAAGCCAUCAAGAAGUUCAUGGUGCUGCCCAAGCCCGACGAGAUGCAUUAUCUACUGUGCAUAGGCCUCGACCCGCCGCUACGCCAGGGCCAGACGCGCUACCCCUUUGUCGUGAUGCAGUUCAAGAAGGACGAGGAGGUCACCAUCGACCUCAACUUCGAGGAGGAGGAGCUGCGCAGAAGGUACCAGGACAAGCUGGAGCCUCACUACGAGGAACCCUUGCACCACGUCAUGGCCAAGAUCUUCCGUGGCCUUGCCAACAAGAAGAUUUCUUCUCCAGCCAAGGACUUCCUAACAGAAGAAAGCUUACUGACAGAACCUAGCCACCGCAACCAAUACGGCAUCAAGUGCUCCAUCAAGGCAAGCGAAGGAUUCCUGUACUGUCUCGAAAAGGCCUUUAUGUUCGUGCCCAAGCCGGCCACGUACAUUGCCUAUGAGCAGACGCAGAGCAUCACCUUCUCUCGCGUCAGCGGCGCCGUGUCAGCCCUGUCGACCUUUGACAUCACUGUCGCCCUCAAGGGCGGAGCCGGCUCCUCGCAGUUCAGCAACAUCUCGCGAGAGGACCUCAAGUCCCUCGAGGCCUUCUUCAAGCUCAAGGGCCUGCGCGUCAAGAACGAGAUUGACGAGGACGCCAAGCUCCUCGCCACGGCCCUGCGCGACGGAGACGACCAGAUGGAUGAUUCGGACGACGACGUCGUCAAUGCCCACGCCGACCGUGGCUCCGCCGACGAGGACGAGGAGAGCGUCGACGAGGACUUCCAGACCGACAGUGACAGCGACGUUGCCGAGGAAUUCGACAGUGCCCACGAGAGUUCCGGAGGCAGUGACGACGAGGACGCGUCCGACGGCGGCGACGACGACGAUGACGCCGUCGACGAGGACGAUGAUGAGGAGGAGGAGGAAGAAGAGGAGCGGCCCAAGAAGAAGUCCAAAACCGGUUGA